GGAAUUAUGUUGAAAAAGUAGUAUUCUGUUUUUAUAGUUAAAAACAUAUGAAAUGUAUCUAAAAACUAAUAAAAAUUAAUAAAAUAAAUUAAUUUAAUGAUACGCAAAAGAGACUGUUGAUAUCAGCAAUAAAAAAACACAAACAUAUAUGGGAUAAGUCUCAAAAGCUGCAUUCUAACAGGAACGCUAUAAAAGGAGAAGAGACUGUUGAUAUCAGCAAUAAAAAAACAAAAACAUAUAUGGGAUAAGUCUCAAAAGUUGCAUUCCAACAGGAACGCUAUAAAAGCGUCCUGGAAAGAAAUCGCCUUGGAAAUUGGUAAAUCAGUUUCAUUCAGAUGAAGCCUGUCGACAAAACUGGAAAAAAUAUUGGACAGCAAGCGCUAUUACACUCAGAAAAAAAAACAAAAUUACAAAAAGAAUCUGCUGGCAAGUUGUCCCGAAAUUCUCCAGCAAUAAGUUCUCCAGAUUCGUUUACAUAAUCUGUAUACCCUGUGGAAUUCACUGUUUCUUUCAUAUUUAAUUUCUUUAUUUAAAAUGGAUUAUUUACGUCCUAUAUGGAACUGUUUUACAACAUUUUGUAGCUGUUUACAUUGUUCGGAAGAGUUAAACAACCAGGGGUAUGAGCCUAGUGAACGUACUCACCUUUUAGCUGAUCCAGUAAACAAUAGUCCAGCGCUUCGGAGAACAAAUUCUGAUAACAUAAGCAAUGACUACGCCCAUUCACUUCCAAAAAAAGAUGAUCAAAACGCACUUUGUCGUUUAGUUCAAAAUACUGCCAUCAAUAUGAUUGAUGUUGGUGCCAUGGACUCUCAUAAUUUGGAGCAUCAGGAAUGUGAUGAUAGAAUUAAAUUAUAUUCCCAACGUUUGCAACAACAGUGGAGUAAUGUCCAGCAUCCUUCGAAAAUGUAUACAGGUAUCUUGAAGGAUAUUUCAAACCCUGAAAGGUAUUUAGCCACUCCUGUUCUCUUUGAUGAUAUUAUACAGAUCAAUAAUGCUAUUGAACAAUUUCAUAUAGCAUUACAGGAGGUUAAAAUAGAACACAAAGAAUCUAUCGUUGUUUCGUUUAGGAUCCCCUAAUUAUACAUACAUAUACAAAUAUAAAAAAAUGUGUUUAUACGUCAUACAUGGAUUUGGUGUUUUUUUCCAUUACCAACAAAAUAUGUUUUAAUUCAUUUGUUUCUAUAUUUAAUAUAAAAACUGAUAUAUUUGUUUGCUUUUGAUAAAAAUUAACAAUAAUACACACGUAAUUCACAAAACAAAGAUGUAUUUAAAUGUGCUAAACAUACUUUGGAAAAUUUUGUUAUUAUUGAAAAUAUUAUUGUAAAAAAAUAAUAUAGAUAAAUUUCGUGUAUGAUACCAACCGUAAUAUACAUAAAAAAAUAAAUAAAUUAAAAAAAAUUAAAA